UCCACAAUGAGGACAGAAUUCACCAACAGAUCUGAUCACCUCAGAUAUCUAGCAUCCAAACCAUUGAUUUACUUUUACUUUUUGUUAGUUUUUGGCAGAAUGCACUUCAAAAUCUUUUCAGUUAUUGUUUUUCUGGGAUUCCUGACCAUUGGUGAAGGAAUGAGUCUUAGAGGUCUGGGUGUAGAUCCACGCUGUCGCUGCAUUGAAACAGAGAGCCAACGCAUUGGGAAACUCAUAGAGAGUGUGGAGCUCUUCCCUCCAAGCCCACACUGUAAAGACACAGAGAUCAUUGCCACCCUGAAGGUAUCCAGAAAAGAGAUCUGUCUGGACCCUACUGCACCCUGGGUUAAGAAAGUCAUUGAGAAGAUCAUUGCCAACAAAACACCAGCAGCAUGAAUGUUUGGAUCAUGUGUGAAGUUGAGCCUGAUGAUAUGUAUGAUAUUGCCACAUGUGUACAGAUGGGAACAGUCCUACUGUUUGGUUUUGUUUUAAAGAAUUUGCUUAAUAUUGCAUGUUGUUCAAAUAUAUUUUGAGUGUUGUAUUUAUAUUUAUGUAUGUAUUUAUUUAUUAUAUUUUUGAAAUAAAUUGACUUCAUACUAA